AUGGCAUACCCAAACACCACGAUCUUUAAUGCCACCAUCCAUAACGUCACCAACCUCGAUUCCUCCGUCAUAACGCUGCGCCAUUCGGCCGCCGGAUGGACAGCAUCGGUGACCAUCAAACUCCUCAUCUCCGUGGUCUCCGUGCUUCUCAACUCCUCCGUACUCCUCAUCCACUACUUCGUUCCUGCCUAUAUUAAUCCGUUUAGCGUGUACCUGUUGGCGCUGUAUCUUGCUAACAUCUUCUACAUCCUCACCUCGCGUCCCAUGGAGAUCCUCGACGAACUCUACGGCCUCUAUCCGGCCGCUGGCUACCCACUGUGCAUGUUAUACCUCUACCAGAAGGUCAGCAGCAUCGUUCCGGUCCUGUUUCACGUCCUCAUCUCUCUUAACCGGGUGUGGGCCGUGACCUUUCCCGUCUCAUACCGGCAACGCCACACCCGUCGCUUAGCGGUGUACAUCUGCCUUGGUACCGUCGCCUACGUCCACUUCCUCAACUUGCCACCGUAUUUAGUCGACACCCUCAAAUAUUACCCACCGGUCUAUGCAAAAUACCACGACUGCGGGCACGUCUCCGUAAAUUUUCUGGAUUUCCCCCGUGUGGACGAAAUUAUUAAUCGUCUUCUACCGACAUUUAUUGUACUGACGACAUACAUCUUCAUCAUUGUAAAGCGCUGGAAACGGAAGGCCGGAAAUCAGGUCAGUGCGAGCAAAUCGCUAACACGCACCACACAAGAGCAGUCGCUGAAGACGUUGGAAACGUCACGCCGCUCGGUGAAGCCGUUUAUCGUCGUCAGCGUGACGACAGCCAGUGUGCUGAUAUGCUAUGUGCCGGUACAGAUUGUCUUCUUCCUGGUGUUGUUUUUCCGCAUGAAUCUGCCGGGGAGCGUGUACAGUGCCGUGACCACGCUAUACUCACUGGAGAUGAUCGUGGAUCCGCUCAUGUGGAUGUGCAGUCUGCACCGCACUAAGAAGCCAUAG